AUGACGCUGACGGCAGGGUUCUCAAUGGCAACAAUCCGCAUGCGAGGAACCAUCUCCCGGGAGCACCCAUGGGAGGUUAUGCCUGAUCUUUACUUCUAUAGGGACCCAGAGGAGAUUGAGAAGGAGGAGCAGGCUGCUCCCGAGAAGGCUGUGACCAAGGAGGAAUUCCAGGGUGAAUGGACUGCACCAGCACCUGAGUUCACUGCUGCUCAGCCUGAGGUGGCCGACGGGUCUGAGGGUGUGCAGGUGCCCUCUAUGCCCAUCCAGCAGUUCCCCACGGAAGACUGGAGUGCACAGCCAGCCACUGAGGACUGGUCAGCAGCUCCCACAGCACAGGCCACUGAGUGGGUUGGAGCCACCACUGAGUGGUCCUGAGCUGCUCUGCAGGUGCCUGAACCAAGGGAAAAAAGGUGGAAGGAAAAUAAAGUUUCUGAAAGCUGGAAAAAAAAAAAAGAAAAGAAAAGAAAAA